CAAGCCGCCUCAUUAGAAGGCCAUCAAGAGAUUAUCGCACUACUCUUAGAUAAGGGAGCAGAUAUUAAUGCCCAGGGCGGCUUCUACGGCAACGCUCUCCAAGCCGCCUUAUUAGAAGGUCAUCAAGAGAUUAUUAUCGCGCUGCUCUUAGACAAGGGAGCAGAUGUUAAUGCCCAGGGCGGCCGCUACGGCAACGCUCUCCAAGCCGCCUCAUUUCGAGGCCAUCAAGAGAUUGUCGCGCUGCUCUUAGAUAAGGGAGCAGAUGUCAAUGAAAGAAAUGGCUCUAUUACAUCGUCAAAGCGGCCUGGCUCUAUGACUCCAAGCAUCCCGGCGAAGAAAUUACUCCUCAUGUACCCUGAGCCUUCUGGUCAAACUCAAUAA